AUGGCAAGUCUAGCUAGACCCUCCGUCUGUGUGCGCCACCACAGCUUCACGUCGCUGACGAGGUACAUGCUCGCCAGUGUGACCUUCUCCGCUUCGGGUGUAUGUAUCGCCCGAAAAUACUGGUCUAGGUCUCAAAGGAAGUUCUCAAACUCCUUGGCAUUCCUAGCACUGACGAAGACUUUGGGCUCGGGGACCAUGGCCCGAGAUGCUGUGCCGCUCUCCUUUGUUCGAGGAAGUGCGCAUUUCAGGAGGCAUACCUCUCCCACCAGAUAGAGCUUCCACAGAAGCCCUGAUUUCUGACAUAUCAGUGGCGUCGUCCCACAAUGUAGAUGACGGGCCUACAGCCUCCGGCGCUGCUGGCUCCCUUGCAUCUAGCCGUCCCUCCACGGCUCCGAUGUGUGCUUCCAUGGUCUCCAUGGAAGCAAGAAGACGGGCGAUUUGCUCCUCCAGUUGAGCGAUCCUCUACCCACUGGUGCCACUCUCCCUCGCAGUAGAGCGCUCUGAUGCCAUUUUGUCACGGGUGGACUUUCCGGUUCGCCGUUCAACCACCCGAGACCAGACUUGAUCAUUAUUUCGUCAACGCCGAGCAGCCUCCACGUCACCAGUGGAACUCAGUCAACUCUUUGCUCGCUGCCGGCGCUCCGCAGCUACCCCAGCUUCCUCUGAGCACUCCCCACGCUCACACUGAAGCUUCCCCUUUCCUACGAAGGGGACUCGAGCUCUCUCUCGUUCUACAGCUCUUUCCCUUUCUCUCUCUCAGAAUUUCCUCUCCUUCUGUUGUCCCUCAGAGAACCUCCGCAGAGUGAAGUUCUCCUCUUAUUAUAGAGGGAGAGGGGGAUAACCUCCGCCGUAUUAUCCUCCCUCUCUUCCGCCUCUUCGGAGAAGUCCGGAUAAUCCUCCGCCAUAUUAUCCUCCCUCACUUCCGGCCUCUCUCUUCUUCGUACAGCCGACUUCUUCCGUCUGUUCCGGAUCUCUCGUAGAUCCGCCGAGUUUCUGUGUUACCGCGUCUUCCACGUGGCCAGGGCGCCAGCUGCGCAUGUGAGACGCCCGUCCCCAUCCGCGUGCGUCUCAGGUGAUCUCUAUUGAAGAUCAUACAACAGAGCAGGCCGAAUCCUCCGCAGUAUCCCGAAAUGCCCAAAUUAAAGACAAGAAGACUCAAGAAAGGACCAAUAAUAAAACGCCACGAGAAUCGACAUCGACCAAUCACAACUCACAUAACACGCCAAGAAACACGUCAGCAUCCUCUACAACAGCAACUACGCAAUGGCUAUACACAGCAACUGUUCGACGAAAUGCUCGCAGUUAAUCCAGCAAACUGCUCGUAACUGAAAUCAUUAUAAAUAAGACUGUACAAUGCAUAUGAAAUAACAUCGAUCAAGAGUCAAUUCAUUCUUCUUUCUGAAAACGUCUUUCUACCUCCUUCUUUCUUUCUUUCCUCUCUUCUAUCUUCUAUUUCUUUCAUGGUAUCAGAGCACUCUGCCUAACAGCAUCAAGAAGAUCAAUAUGAGCGAUUCAAACAGCAAAGGAAAGACGAUGACUGGAGAAACAUACAAUAUGCCAGUCACACAAGCCACAUCGAUCGGAGCACAAGGACAUACAGGUUUAUCUAUCUCCUUGAAACUCACUCGAGAAAAUUUCUUGUCAUGGCAAACUCUACUUCUAUCUUUGCUGCAUACACAUGAUCUUAUUCAUGUCCUCGAAGAACAAGCUCCUUCCAUUACUAUCAUCAAUGAAAAAAGAAUUGUCAUUCCAAAUUCAGAAUAUAAGAUGUGGUAUAAGAAUGAUCAAGCGGUUUUAACCUUGAUAAAUAACUCUCUCUCCGAGUCAAUUAUCUUCACAGUAGUCGGCAAGAAAACAACAAAAGAAGCAUGAGAAGCACUCAAGAAUAAUUAUGCUAGCAAGUCGAAAUCAAGAAUCAUGAAUCUUCAGGCACGACUUCACAACACCAAGAAAGGCACUCUUCCUCUCGAGACCUACAUCUAAACUAUGCGAAUCAUUGGAGAUGAACUACUUGCUUGUGGACACAAUAUUGAAGACUCAGAUAUGACAUAUGUAAUUUUAAAUGGACAUGAACCUGAAUACAAUACAUUCUAUGCCAGCAUGAAUCCAUAACUUGACAAUCUCAGCUUUGAAGAAGUCGUAUCCAACCUAAAGUCUUAUGAUCUUCACAUCUCAAAACAAACAGAAGAAAAGACUCUAAAAAAAAUUCCACCAUCGGCAAAUCUGUCCCAAUCUGCACAGAAUUGGGACAGAAACAACCAAGGAUGA